GGGUGGUGGUAUGUUGUUGUUGAGACAUUGUAGGGUGUGUGGGACGGUGGGUACACGUGCUCUGUCAUCUGCAAGACCGUUGUUAAACCAUUACGAUACACUCGGUAUCGAACCAGAUGCCACCAGCAAACAAAUCAAAGCUGCCUAUUAUGAACUGUCCAAGAAAUAUCAUCCUGAUCGACACAAGAAUUCCGACGAUAAACAAUCCGCUGCUGUCAAAUUUCAGCAGGUUCAGCAUCGAAUUGCUCUUCAGUAUUAUUAUUUUUUUCAAACGGAUUGUAUUGUGACAUCGGCAUACGAAGUGCUGGGUUCAGAGGAGAAACGACGUGUAUAUGAUGCAACAAUAUUCGCGAAUCGUGUCAAAGAUUCUUAUAAUAUCACGAAUCAAAGCACGAGCACUGGCCAAAAUGUACAUUAUGGACAACGACGAAAAAUGUAUACAGAUUUAGAUAUCGAUUACAAAAAUUUUGAACAAUUCCAACGCAGUACACGGUAA